AUGGCUGUGUGCCCACAACCAUCACCAGGCCACACCUUGUUUUCGCUCAGGCCCAGCACUCGGCAAAAGAGGGCGCAGCGCAAUACCGUUACGAUGCGCCAUCUGCCUCGCCAGGUGGUAUCUCUCAAUAUUACCUCUGGAACGCGAUAUACCACUAACUUCUACAGAGCGGAUUCAUCUUCAGCCCCUUCAAAUUCUUUUCUGGAGCUUUCCUCGUCAUCACUUACACCUUCUUCUACCUCUGAAGCCUCCAACACUGCCAGCUCGACCUUUCAGUUGCUUACAGACACCGUCUCAACCACCCAAAUACCAACUACAUCAUCCACAACCAUUAAUACCUCCCAAAGUGGAGGCACGACUAUAUACGCCUCCGGCUUACCCACCUCUCUCGUCUCUCCACCUAGCAGAAUCGCGAUAACGCACACCGCGAUCAUCGCUGGCACCGUUGCUGGAAUCAUCGUCUUCCUUCUUAUCACUUUCGGCGCCAUUCUUACGUGUCAGCGACGUAAACGAAGAAAACGACGGUUCAUUGAGGAAGCUGCGGUUAGGAGAAGGGAGUCUAAAGGUUUGUUGGAUGGGGAGGGUUUCGACGACGACGACGCGGCCGCCAUGCGGGCUUACCGGGACGGACACCGGGCAAGUUCACCUACGCCAUCACUCAUCCGCUCCCGCGCGUCUGAGACGGGCUCCAUAUUCCGUGAAGAAGUGUGGCCACCGCCGGGCGAAGAAAGCCGCUUCGUCGACCCUAUCGAAAGACGUAGCAGCCAGGUUGAUCUCAGCAGGAUCGUGAAUGAUGUGAUGGGUCCUCCUGUGAUGGUUUCAACGCAUGAUAGGGAUGGGACUUACAACUCGGUUUCGUCAGCCCAUUCGAAUUCGAGUACGGCGCCGCUAAUGGGCUCUUCUUCCCGCCAAGGCUUCUCGCCGUACAACACCCUCCGCUCACAUCCAAAUUCGGAAAUAUACUCCCAAGCGCUGGCUUCCGACGCUCCCUCGUCAUUCCCACUGUCAAACUCUAGCACAUCCUUAUCGUCUAACUCUUCCCGCCGUGGCUUCGCUUACACCGACCCCUUCCAGACACAACCUCCAGUAACGUCAACUUCCACCACGAGUCUUCCGCCUGGUGCUUCCCCACCUAUCAGUUUCUACAGCCCUCCUCCAGCAGCCCCCAAAUUACCACUUGCAUCGCCGAAAACUCCGACACCUACGAUCCCCCCGCCGCAAUACAUACCACCAUCUCAAGCCAGCGCUAAUAACGUUACAUUACCCAUUGGUAGCGCGCCUGGCACACCACCUAUCCCCCCUCCCAGAUCUCCAGCUCGUGGAACUGCACAGGCACUACCCAAGCCUCCUCCCAAGGUUAAAUCAUCUCCGCCCAACGCCUAUAGACCAGUAGGCACGAGCGACGUGCCGAUAUCGAUGCGCAACACCCAACCGCGCAAGUCGAGCCCGUUGGCAAGGGCGUUGACGCAAGACGCGAAAAUAUGGUUGGGGAGAAGUCCAAAUCGCGGUAAUAGUCCAAGCGAUGAUCCUCAGAGCUAAUUUUGUUUUCCUUCAGUGUCAAUUUCUCAGUAUCCAAUAUAUUAUGAUAUACGCAAUGGCUCCCCCUCCUUCUAUCCUUCUUUCUUUCUUCUCCCGUCAUUCUCGCUAUAUACACCACGGACUAUCGUUGAUAAAACCUUACCCUCGUAAUGGACUCUCUGGAGCUGAGGUGCUUGGACUUCAAUAUCUAUUAUCCAUUGCUCUCUUACUAUCAGUAAUUGACGUAGGGAAUCAGGAAAGGACGUAAAAGAUCGUUGAACAUGUACUUUUGCUACCGCUCCUAAUAUUCAUGAAGUGGGCAUAUUAAGGUUU